GUAUUAACAACUAUGUUCCACAGUUGAUGAUGGGGGUAGUUUGUGUGAUAUCAUACCCAAUGCCAGAUGGCAAGAGUGGUCAACAAGUUGUUAACAACCUGCAGGAGAGAGUCGAAAUGCUCGGGGCAGCCAAAACGGGAACAUUCAGUGUAGAUUGUGAGACAUAUCAUGCUACAGCAACUGGUGCUAACAGAAUGGUACACGUGCUUCACAACUCGCAGCAGCCAGCUUCCUGUUUCGCUAUAGUAGACACUGGAACGUGCCUUGUUGCUGACAACCUCUUCGAUCUCAUCAUGUUGAAACUCAAAAGUUAUUACGCUAGUCGUAAGAAUUCCAAAGUUGAGUCUAAAGGCCAGCGUUAUGAACUGCAGGACUUUGCGAUUAAAAUAGGAUCCGUUACUAUUGGUCAGACGAUGCAUUUUAAAGGAAUCUUAGUAGAGGUUGAAUACCUUCCAUGCAUGGUACCUGGUGAAUGUUGGCAUUUGAUGCAUGAAUUCAUGGAGGGCUUUAUGGGAAUAAAGAUUGACAAUCCACCAAGCUAUUUAAAGAGCAAAUUUGACAGUGUAUACACCCCUUCAGACACUGUACAACAAUAUUUAGAGUAUUUUAACAUUGCCAGAAAAGCUGUGGCUAGCACUGUAGCUGUAGCUACCAGCGCUGCAAGGUGA